AUGAUGAGUACCGAGGCUGCUGUUGCGUUAUUCCUUCAUCCGAGACAUCCGUCGCUCUUCUGCUUCCAGUCGACGAUGAAGGUGGGAGCCGUAGGUCGAGGAAAGCCGCUGAAGCUCUUGGUGCCGACGAGAGCAAGGACCACCAGGAUCGGACUUUUAAGCUCUCGUUGUUCUUCUCCAUUCUUCUCCGGUCGUAGCUAUCGAGCGUUUGCCUUGCUGUCGCCACCGUCGCUUCGUUCUUCUCCCACCGUUCCAGUUGUCAUCCACCAACCCGAAGAGGCUGAGAGAAGAAUCGCGACACCGUUGCUGUUGUUUUUCCCCGUCGGAGUUGCGCGCGUGUGCCUUGCCUCCACCUUCGCUGCCGUCGGCAGCCCUUGGGUUGACGUUUGCGUUCUUCCGGCGACGCCUGCCGUCUUGGCGGUGACUUUUUGGGUGUGUGGUCGAGUUUUCUUGUGGUUGUUGUGUUGUGAGAAUUAUUUGAGCGAUUUUGGAUGGAAAACCCACCGCCACCACCUCAAGGUGGUGGCUGCCACCGCUUCUGCCACCGCCGGCCACCACUUGGGUGGCUGUGUGUGUGUGUGA